UCGGGUGUAAUGUAAAGAGCCGUGGUAAGUAUCAUCAUCGUGACUACCUAUAAAUACGAGACUUAACGCAGCACCUUUGUUUUCAUCCAAUCACUUAUUGUCUUUACUUGGAUUUGAUUAGAUUGGAUUGGUCUUUUAUAGUAUAGUAUCUCUCUUUCUGUCACUCUCUCACACUCACUCUCUCCAUAAUCCAUAUUCUUGUUCUCACGUUUGUGUCAUCAACCAACAUCCUCCCUCCUAACUGGUAACCCAGCACAAAUCUGAUCUCUCUCUGCCUCUGCCUCUGGGUCCAAGAUGAGCUCCUUGGCUGCAAAAGAUGAUUGCCUUGCAUGGGCAGCAAGAGACCCAUCUGGAGUUUUAUCACCUUACAACUUCAGCCGCAGGGCUGUUGGCAGUGAUGAUGUUUCAUUAAAAAUUACACACUGUGGAAUUUGUUAUGCUGAUUUAAUUUGGACCAGGAAUUUUCAUGGGGAUUCAAAGUAUCCUGUAGUGCCUGGACAUGAGAUAGCAGGAAUCGUGAAAGAGGUUGGUUCCAAUGUUCACCGCUUCAAAGUUGGUGACCAUGUUGGAGUGGGUACCUAUGUCAACUCAUGUAGAAGUUGUGAGUAUUGUAAUGAUGGACAAGAAGUUCAUUGUGUAAAAGGAUCAGUUUACACCUUUAAUGCUGUGGACGUGGAUGGUAGCAUUACCAAAGGAGGAUAUUCCAGUUACAUUGUAGUCCAUGAAAGGUACUGCUUCAGGAUACCUGAAAACUAUCCAUUGGCUUCAGCAGCUCCUUUGCUUUGUGCUGGAAUUACUGUGUACUCUCCCAUGGUGUGUCACAAAAUGAACCAACCUGGUAAAUCUCUAGGAGUGAUUGGGCUUGGAGGUCUUGGUCACAUGGCAGUGAAGUUUGGAAAGGCUUUUGGGUUGAACGUAACAAUUUUCAGCACUAGCGUAUCCAAGAAAGAGGAAGCCCUGAGUUUGCUUGGUGCAAACAGAUUUGUAGUCUCAUCUGACCAAGAGCAAAUGAAGGCCCUGGCUAAGUCAUUUGACUUUAUAAUUGACACAGCAUCUGGUGAUCACCCAUUUGAUCCCUACAUGUCACUGUUGAAGACUGCUGGUGUUCUAGUCUUGGUGGGGUUCCCAAGUGAAGUCAAAUUCAGCCCUGGAAGCCUUAAUAUAGGUAAUAAAACCAUUUCUGGUAGCGUAACAGGUGGUACAAAGGUUACUCAAGAAAUGAUAGACUUCUGUGCUGCUCACAAAAUUUACCCAAACAUAGAAGUAAUUCCAAUUCAGUAUGCAAAUGAAGCUCUUGAGAGACUAAUAAAGAAAGAUGUGAAGUACCGUUUUGUGAUUGAUAUUGAGAACUCCUUGAAAUGACACUGCUAAAGAAACCAGGAAUUCCUCCUCUCAAAAGCAUACAGUGAUUGGCAAUUGUUCUUUUUUGGAUGGUGGGCAUUUAAUUCUAUUAACAAGCAUUUGGUGUUGCUCUUCUGCAUCAUACAAUAGCCUGAAAUAAGGGAAUAGGUCUUUGAGUGGUUUUGUGAGAAAUGGCUUUAUAAAUACUUUUGUAUCAUUUUCUUAGGUCUUUGAAUGGUGUUGUGAGAAAUGAAUUAGUAAAAGUUCGAAGUAUGGACUUUUAAACUGUUGUGUUUUUGUGUCCUCGUCUUGUGGCUGCGCAGCAGGCUCUACUUGUAGGGAAUAUGUCAUUUUGUUUGGGAGUUCUUUAUUUUAUUUUGUUUCCCGGA